AUGACCACCCGAUUCAAGAAGAGCCGCAAGAUGCAUGCCCACCGCAAGAGGGGUGUCACGGCCGCAUCGGCAAGCACCGAAAGCAUCCUGGUGGCUGCGGAAACUCGGGUGGUCAGCAUCAUCACCGAAUCAACUUUGACAAGUACCAUCCUGGCUACUUCGGAAAGGCCUCGCAAGAGUCAAACCAAUUCCUCAAUCCGCGUGACGACGGCUGUUGCUAAAUGCCAGGUGGGCAUGCGCAACUUCCACCUCAUCAAGCAUGGCAAGGCAGUCAUCCCGACCAUCAACGUCGAGCGCUUGUGGUCGCUGGUUUCGGAGCAGACAAGGUUGUUCUACAAGGACAAGACAGACAAGGCUCCAGUGAUCGAUGUCAUGAAGGCCGGGUACAUGAAGGUCUUGGGCAAGGGCCAGCUCCCCGAGCAGCCGGUCAUCGUCAAGGCACGCUACUUCACCAAGGAAGCGGAGGAGAAAAUCAAAGCUGCUGGUGGUGUGUGCGUGCUGUGUGCCUAG